AGGCAAGAUCUGAGGGACCCCAGGGAAACUGGUUGGAAAUGUGGAGAGAAAAGGUACGCAUGCCACUAGGACCUGGUAUCUCUUCUGCAUGGGGAAGUUGGGGAAAGGUACUGAGGUCCUGGAGAGAGAUGUAGAGCAGUGAUUGUGCCCAUGGGGUUUUAAUUUAUGGGUGUGAGAAUGACAACAGGGGCAGGCCAAUGACAUUGAAAGAAGAUAUUUAUUUCUUAUAUAUCCCCAAGGAAGAACCACACCACUUAAAACAAGGCCACAUGGCCACUGAAGCAUCAGAUUUGGUCAGGAGGCAGAAGACAGGAGUGAGGGAAAAGCUUGGGCCAUGGCUUCUGUUAAGGUUCCCGAGAGAAAUACAAGGCAGGACAGAGUGGCCAGCUUAAACUUGGCUAGUUUGAAUAAUCCCAGCACACCUGGGGCACAGGAGCUGUCACUAGCUGUGUGGUACUUGUCCUGUUUAGGAUGAAGGAAAUAUUGGCUUGGUCUGAGAAAGUUAGAUAAAGAGGUAGCUCAGAGUAUAGGUUACGGAUGGCAGGGGAGGUGGAAACAAAUUUGGCUGUUUUCGUGCCCUUGUAUUUAAUGGGUGACAAAUAGAUGAAUGGAAAAUCUAAAAUCUAAGUAAACAUAGUUUGAAGAAACUACUUAUAUACUGAACUGUCUCAAUUUUGGCAGGGCCGUGUGGUCUUUGAGGACGUGGCCAUAUAUUUCUCCCAGGAGGAGUGGGGGCACCUUGAUGAGGCUCAGAGAUCACUGUACCGAGAUGUGAUGCUGGAGAACAUGGCACUUUUGUCCUCGCUGGGUUGUUGGCAGGGAGCCCAGGAUUUGGAGGCACCUUCAGAGCAAAGUGUUUCUAUAGGAAUGUCACAGGUCAUGACUCCAGUGCCCCGCAUAUCUACCCAGAAGAUCCAGCCCAGUGAGACAUGUGACCCACUCUUGAAAGACAUUUUGUACCUGGUUGAGCACAGUGGAAUGCUUCCUGAACAAGAGAUGUAUAUUUCUGAGGCAGAACCUUUUCAGCACCAAAAGCAGAAGAUUGGAGAGUAUCUUUCCAGAAGGGGGGAUUAUUGGAGACCUUCAUUUGAAAAGAACCACAGAGUUCCCAUGGCAGAGAGGACUUUCACAUUCAGCGAGGGUUGGAAGGACUUGCCGGCCACCUCUGGCCUUCUCCAGCACCAGGCCCCUCAAAGUGGGUGGAAGCCUUUCAGGGACACAGAGAAUAGGGAAUUCUUUCAAACUAGACAAAAUGAUUACAAAUGCAAUGAAUGUGGAAAAACCUUCAACUUCAAUCAUUCACUUGUUGAGCAUCAGAAAAUCCAUACAAGAGAAAGGCCUUAUGAAUGCAACAAAUGUGGGAAACUCUUUAGAUAUGGUGCCAACUUCAUGAAACAUCAGACAGUUCACAGUGGUGAAAGGACUUAUGAGUGCAGAGAAUGUGGAAAAUCUUUUAUGUACAAUUAUAGACUCAUGAGACAUAAGAGAGUGCACACUGGAGAAAGGCCUUAUGAGUGUGACAUAUGUGGGAAAUUCUUUAGGUACAGCUCUACAUUUGUUAGACAUCAGAGAGUUCACACUGGAGAAAGGCCUUAUGAGUGCAGAGAAUGUGGGAAAUUCUUUAUGGACAGCUCCACACUCAUUAGACAUCAAAGAGUUCACACUGGAGAAAGGCCUUAUGAAUGCAGUGAAUGUGGGAAAUUCUUCAGGUAUAUCUCCACACUCAUUAGACAUCAGAGAAUUCACAGUGGGGAAAGGCCUUAUGAGUGCAGCAUAUGUGGGGAAUUCUUUAGGUAUAACUCCAGCCUCAUUAAACAUUGGAGAAUUCACACUGGAGAAAGGCCUUAUAAGUGCAGCGAAUGUGGGAAAUCCUUUAGGUACCACUGCAAACUCAUUAGGCAUCAGAGAGUUCACACUGGAGAAAGGCCUUAUGAAUGCAGUGAAUGUGGGAAAUUCUUUCGGUACAACUCCAACCUCAUUAAACAUUGGAGAAAUCACACUGGAGAAAGGCCUUAUGAGUGCAGAGAAUGUGGGAAAGCCUUUAGCCACAAACAUAUACUUGAUGAACACCAGAAAAUUCACAGUGGAGAAAGACCUUAUGAGUGCAGUGAAUGCCAGAAAGCCUUCAUUAGAAAGUCUCACCUAGUUCAUCACCAGAAAAUCCACAAUGAAGAGAGGUUUGUGUGCUCCAUGAAUGUGGGGAGUUCUUUAGGUACAGCUCCAGCCCCAUUAAAUAUCAGAGAUUUCACAAUGGAGAAAAUUUGCCGGUAACGAUUUUAAUUAGAUAUUUCAGUAAUGCUGUAUAAAUUAACAUUUUUACACAACUUAUAUCAAGAACUUGUCUUGGAAAAGUGAAACUCUAUAGCCAGCAAAUGACAACUCCUCAUCCCCCUUUGUUACUACACUGUGUAUCUGUGAAUUUGACAUUGAUUAGUACCUCAUAUAAGUGGAUUCAUGCACUAUUUGCCUUUUUGAGAUUGGCUUAUUUUACUUAGGAUAAUAUCCUCAAGGUUCAUUCACAUUGUAGCGCAUAUCAAAAUUUCCUUCAUUUUUA